CGCGGCUGAUGAGGCGGCGGCUCGUAAAACACAGUUUUGGAGGUAUUGGGGGGGGGGACGCCUAAAGCUGCACUUCGUCCAAACUGAAACUUUUACGCCUUGGGGGACACGCGCAUAUGAAUGAAGAUGCGCGUGCGCGGCCGCCGCUGGAUCCUGCUGCUGUUCGGCGCGUGCCUGCUGUACCGCGCGGGCCGCCGCUCCCGGGAGCCGGCGGGCGCCUCCGCCGCCGCCGACGCGCGCUGGAACAGCUCGGCGCGGCUGCUGCUGCUCAUCUGGACGCAUCCUUUCGGCGUGUACCGACCCCUCCCGGACUGCUGGGCGCGCUUCAACAUAGCCGGGUGCGUGCUCACGGACAGCUGGCCCGCGUACCCGUACGCUGACGCUGUGGUAGUUCACCACCGGGAAAUUGCCGACGGCGACGCGGAUCUGCCGCCGGAGCCGCGGCCGCCUCACCAGAAGUGGAUAUGGAUGAACUACGAGUCGCCCACCAACACGUACGCGCUUCCGCGUGUGGAGGGCGCGUUUAACCUGACGAUGACCUACCGGACGGACUCGGACAUUUUCCUGCCUUACGGGUAUUUAGUCCCACGCACGAGCGCCAGUGCGCUCAACCCGCGACCUCUCCGCGUGCGCUCGCGCGAGCAGGUUCUGCGGCCACGCCUCCUGGCCUGGGUCGUCAGUAAUUGGUCGCCAUCGCACGCGCGCGUGCUGUUCUACUACAUGCUGAGGAGGUACGUUCGAGUGGAUGUGUUCGGGCGCGCGGGCCGCCCCGUGCCGGGGGGAGACGUGGUGCGCAUAUUGGAGUACUACCAGUUCUACCUGGCCCUGGAGAACUCUCAGCACACCGACUACAUCACGGAGAAGCUGUGGAACGCCGUGCUGGCCGGGGCCAUCCCCGUGGUCCUGGGGCCCCCCAGACGCAACUACGAACGCUUCCUGCCCCCGCAGGCCUUCAUCCACGUGGACGACUUUCCCACAGUCAGAGAACUGGCGCAGUACCUGGUGACGGUGAGCCACAGCUCCGCGCAACUGAUGCAGCACCUCGAAUGGAGGGAGCGCUACAGCGUCCACGUGCCCCCCUUCUGGGACGAACACUACUGUACAGCGUGCAGAGCUGCAAGGAAGACCAAAGGCCAGACCACCGUGGUCCGACACAUAACACAGUGGUUCGAGUCAUGAAACAAAAUUGAAUCAUAAAGUGAAACUGCAUCACUUAAAGGGGCCUUAUUGUCAAACAUCAGUUUGUAGCUUCCUUUAAUGGGUGAUGUUUCAUGUGAAACAUUUCCAGAGUUACACAGUUCUGUGAGUGAAUGUAGAGAUUCUGCUGUCAGGAAAAAAAUGCAGGCGUGAAAUUGCUCAUGUUCAACUUGAUAAUAAAUAUCUUUAUUCAGGAUAUCCUGGCUAGUCACAGUAAACAGUAUUAAAUACAGCACCCUGAGUCUCUUAACACCAGGGUGCUCACACAUUCAAGCAUUCGAUUACCUAUCAUCAUACCAUUGCACAUUGUGACUAAAAUAAAAAAUUUAAAUAACAACAUUAAAAUUCAAAGUCAGUGGUAUGUUAAGAGUGUUUUUCAUUCGACAAACAGCACAUAAAUAUCAGUAGUAGCACUGAGAGGCUGAGAGAGACAGCAAGAGAGGGAAGUAGGGGACCAGCCUAUUUCCAGAUGUGGACUUCUGUGACGAAGUCAUCACCAUGGAGAUCCGCCGGUUGUGUCUGUUAUAUUUUUGUAUAUGUUCUUUCUUAGUGUUUUAAGUGUUUUCAAUGUUAUUGUUGUGCCUGACUAACAUGGAUGCCCUUCUCUGUUUGCUGCUAGUCAGAUCUACCUACAAGUACAAAUAAAGUCACUUGAACCUAAUAAACACCUUAAACGAGGUUGGUCAGUUAGACUCAAAGAUAGGGGAGGCUUUUUUUGUCACACAACUGAGUCACAAAAGCUCCACCUCUUUAUCCAUUUAUGAGUUAGUUGUGACGUAGGCAGAGUAAGUGCUGUCACCGUUGCAAUGCCCAGAUAUGUUUUGGUCACCAUCUUGAGAUGGUCAGCAACCAGAGGUGGGACAGAGUCACCAUCAAGUCAUGAAUUAGCAAGUCUCAAGACAUAAUGACCACCAGUUGUUUGCAAGCUGACUUGGGACUUGCAGAUUGAUGACUUGACCGUGACUUCGUCCCACUUCUGUCAGCAACUAUUCAGUAUCAAGGAGUUUCUUGUCAGUGGCUCUUAUGGGCCUUAACUUUUGUGCAUUGCUUAAAAGAACCAAGGUAAGUUCACUGACAUACGUCACAGAAGUCCACAUCUGGGCUCCUGGUUGCUGAGACAUGUUAAUGAACGGCUUUGUAUGAUACACCAAUGGUGGGUGGGGGUGCAGCAAUCUAAUGUCAUGCACCUGCCAUCACCGUGGAGAUCCACCAUACUGGAUACAACUAGAAGAUGUUGACAUUAAACACUAUAACUUAAGUGUUAUUUACUGAUUACACCUGCAUGGCAGCACGGUGGAUUAGUAAGCACUGUUGCCUCACAGCAAGAAGGUCAUGCGUUUGAUUCCCACUUGUGGUUUUUCUUUAGGGAGUUUGCAUGUUCUCCCCCUUGUUUACGUUAAUUAAUAAAUUAAUGCAUUAAUUUAUUAAUGCAUUACAAGUGUGACUCCUGCAUCACUCAAGAUGGAACCAAAUGCAAAAAAAUAAAAUAAAAAUAUAGGUGAUUACAAUGAAAACAUUCUCACCACGUGCAAGAAGAUGUUUAUUCACAAACUUUAAAAAAAUGAAGUUGUACAGUAAAGUAGAAUAAAACUGCUGUCCUUUUAUAGUGGCUUCAGCUUGGCUUUUUAAAGUAAAACUUUCCCAGUGGUGCCCAGGGUUGGGUAGGAUUACUUUGAAAUGUAAUCAGAUUACAAGUAAUCCAAAUGUAUGUACAUACAUACAUGUAAUCCACAUGUAUUCUCUCAAAGUAAUCCUACCUAACCUUGGUGGUGCCAUCUUCAUGACAUGUCCUGAUUAGUUAACUACAGUCUCAUCUCACCUGUUUAGCCUUGGCUCAUCAGAAUAGAAGGCAAAGCCAAUCUGUGCCAUCCUGCUGAUUUGUUUGUAGCCCUCAAGGCUUGUUGUUGCGACACUGGAGCAGAAUCAGACUGCUGUCAUCCGCUGACAUGAAAUAAAAAACGUUCUCCAUUAAGGCGGCAAACUUUGAUGGUCUCAGAUGAAGCUCACUCAUAAGAAGAAAACGUUGCAGUUCCUUGACUGUCCGUUUGAGGAUGGCUCCAAAAGUUGAGCUGUUCCCAAUGAAAUCAAUGUUAAAAUGUACAACUUUAGAGCAGAAAUAAAUAUGUUUACAGCCUGGUACAAAAAAAAAAAUUUUUUUCUCUCUAUAGAUAGUUUCUCCCUCCAUGACAACUCUAUGGGAGGUGAUUUUUAAUGUCUUUUUUUUUUCCUGACUUCUUAGUUUAGGGUACUUUAAGCCAAAAAGUUAUGUGUAAUUAGGGGCGUUGACACUUUGAGUAACAGCUGCUGAGCCAAGCGCCUCUGUCUCUCACAGUGUCGGCCAUUCAGACGUCACUCAAUACAGCCUAAUAUGGCUUGUUAUGUGGUGAAAUGUCCUAACAGAUCAUUGAAGACAUCCCUGCUGCAAUAUUUGCACUGAAUGAAAUUCUCAUCUCAAUUAAUGUUAUAUGUUAGCACUUUUAAUAUUUGUUGGUAGCGUCAUACGCUACUGUCCGGUUCAUGCAUGACUACUGAGGAAAUAAAGAUGCAACCUUUUAAUGCCCACACCAGUUAACAGUUAUGAGAACCUCACGCAGUCCCCAAAAAUAUGAUUUUAGUGGUUUAGUAAGCUUGUGAGUGCUCAGUUGUGCCUGUGUUAUACUUUUGUAUAUGUUCUUCCUUAGUGUUUUCAUUGUUAUUGUUGUGCCUGACUAACAUGGACACCCUUUUCUGUUUGCUGCAA